AUGGUGACUUCUUUUUGGAAUUUCCCUAAGCAUUUGGCUCGCUAUACCCUGUUGCCAACUUCAGAAGAGGCCAAAGCAGGUGUCCAGUCUCCUCGAACUUCGUUUCGUCGUACUUGGAUUCCCUUAUUGGGUCUUUCAAUUCUCAUCAACGUGAUAUUCAUUUGGACUCUGAUAUCACCUGCAGGGUGUACACUCAUGCCUAUUCUAUAUUCUCCGGCACAGGAAGCUGUCAGUUACAAGAUUACAAAAUUCCACAGCGGGUUUAAUGAUGACGUGACUGAAUACAUGGGACCACCAUCGGAUGAACUUGACCAAAAAUGGGAUGCUCUAUACGCCGCUGGCGUGAAUCGAAUUCCUAAGAGCCAAGCUGCUCUCUUGCCCAACAAGACAGUUCCAAUUCCUGGAGAUGAUGGCUAUUAUAUUAUCACAUUAGACGUCUUUCAUCAGCUUCAUUGUUUGAACAUGAUUCGCAAAGCACUAUCUCCGGAUUACUAUCACCCCAUGCACUUGGCAGCUGAUGGUGAGGACAAUCUUCUUGGUUUCACACAUAUUGAUCACUGCGUUGACACUAUACGACAAUCAUUGAUGUGCCAUUCGGAUAUCAGUGUGCUACCAUUUCAGUGGAAGGAUCAUGAUCAAGAAGUCAAGAUAUGGGGUCAAAUCCCACAUGUCUGCCGUGACUUUAAUCGGAUUACAGAAUGGGCGCAGGCAAACCAGUUCCAUGCUCCAAUACGAGAGGCUCUCCAAUAUGAAAAUCGCGUGAUUAAUACCACCGUCACACAUCUCAACAGCUUCUCCGGGCCACCCGGGCCUGACAUCGAUCGUGCUUGGAAAGAUAUUUUAGGACAUGAAGUCCAUCUACGAUUGACCGAAACCGAUAUGGCCCAGUUGAGGCGUUCAUCCAUCCCGUUGACCGACAAACCAGGCACGUAUUUGGGGGCUCCUGAUAUCUAUCAUCAACUCCAUUGUGUUUACACUCUUUACCGAGCCAUCCAUCCUGAGUAUUACGAUGGAGAGGCCAAUAAGGAGGCAACCAUUACGCCGGUUGAACAUCUUGACCAUUGCAUUAAUCAACUCAGACAAUAUCUGCAGUGUCACGUAUCCAGUAGCGUUUACACUUACCGUUGGGAAGUGGAGAAAGCCUUGAUGACGGGGAAUUUUGACCCGGAAAACGAGUGUAUAAACUGGGAACGAUUUGACGAGUGGAUCAAAGGUCACGCCGUCGAUAUUAAACAUCCUGGUUUACUCGUGCAUCCUAAUUUUGGGCCUCUAUAUCCAGGCUAA